CCUAUAUAAGAGAACCAAACAUUGCACUUUUAUCACUUUCUCUGUAAACUAGUUUCUACACCGAAAGUUUAGCUUGCUUGUUAUUUUUAAGGCAAUCGAAAUGAGGCCUUACGAAAAGCAAAUUCUGGAAAAAAGGCUGAAAGAGUUUCAGUACGAAGUGAUACCUAAUGAACUGCUCCCUUUCCUGCCUUGCCUAAUACCAGAGGAUAAAGAAGAAAUUAAGGCAAAUCAGACGAACCAUGGAGCUAUAAGGGCAACUGAAGUCCUUGUAGAUCGACUUAAACGAAGACAUGAAGGCUUUCAAAACUUUGUACAGGCUUUAAGAAAAUGUGGCAGCGAACACACUGCGCUUCUCUUGGACCCGAACUAUGACUACAGAGGCAAGUAAUUUAAGACUCUCAUAAUUCUUCAAAUCUGAUGUAUAUAAAAGUUAUUUCGUAUCUUUUCUCCUUAUAAAAUUACUGAGGAAAAGAGUUGAUUGUGCAAGGUAUUCGGCCCUUAUUAAGAAACUGAAAGUCCUGAAUUUUAAAAUAAUGAAACGCGACUGCAGAGAACGAAAUCGAAAGUGAACCCAAGGCAAAGAAGAACUUAUUAUGUGUAUCAGUUAAUCCAAUCAAGAACCAUUCUCUUUGAUUAAGUACACCUAGAUAUUACUUUACGUAAGAAGGUUAUUUAAUUAUAUUAUGAUAUCUUGGUGAGAAAACCUAGCCUGAAUUGAUAGCGGAGCUCUCGCGCGCGCAGCGGAGCACCAUGGGUAAGAAAAUGUGGUAAUCUACCCAUCCGAGAAAAUUUGGUAAUCACGUGACCGUACACCGACCGACCGCCGUCCGUCCACACCACAGGCAUACCAAUGUUAAAUAAUUCAAUCAACGCGUAUGGCAACUCACAUGCAACGAGGUUUGGCGGAAAAUCGCAAAGCCACUCGCGUCUUGAAAACAGAGGCAGCUAAAGAGUCAAUAAAGACGAAAACGGAAAGCGGAAAUUGUUUCUGUGUCUGUGUUGUCUAAAGUAUUAAGCUUAGAUUAAUUGUCAUGUCCACAAACUUGGAAUAUAGAGCAAGAGAAAGACAGAGAAAGAGAGAAAAAGCGGCAGGCCAGCGAAACUCAACGAGAAAAAGGGCGAUAGAGAUCUAGAGCGAGAGAUAAAAAACAAGGGAGACAUUUUUUUGGUGGAAGAACAACAUGAAAAUUUUGUAGCGGCAGUGAAAAAAAGUGAACAAGAACAAUUGCGACAUUUUCUCCAUAAAAAAGUUUCUGGAAGUUUCACGUUUUAGUCGUGCAAAACAACGGCAAAGAAAUGUACAAAAAAAGUGUGCUUCACGUGCAAAGUUGCUUUUUUGCUAAUUAGACCUAUUGUCGUUUUUUCACCGUUCUCCGGCAGGGCGGAUAAAGGUUGGGCGAUGAAACGAGCUCUCCGCUCUUCAUUUAAUGUGUGAUGCGGAGUAGGACUGGCACGAGCGCUCUUUCCCCGCUUCCGGUGCGCUUGAAGGCCGGCGAAAUUUUCCUUUUUGCAAACCGGAAAUCCUAUUUUCUUUCUGUAAUUUCAGGCUACAAUGUUAAAUAGAUAAAUUCCUUUCAUAAAAAUAUCGAUAAACAGUUUCAUAUGUUUGUGUUUGUAUGCCUAUAAGUCAAUCUUGUUGGUCGUACGAUGCCAAAAUUUGAGUUUAAUUUCAAAGUGUUGAAUACCUCCUCCUUCCACUAAUUAUCACCUAAUCGUCUUUCGCCGUUUCGUUUGUAAAAGCUUAACACUUCUUAACCUCAAUUUUUACAUAUGUUAAAGGGGGAUAAAUUUUAUACAAUAUAACAAAAAGUUAGAUUGAUAUAUUUUGAUAUAGUGGCGUUGUACUGCUUCAAACUAUACUUCUCGGGUGCAACGCGCCAUGGCGAUUCGCGCAAUGCGUCGCAAAUCCGGCAACCGCAUGUAAUGUAUCGGUCAAAUCGAAGCUUCAACAUGCCCCCCCCCCGGGCAACCCCCCGGGCAUUUGACUUUUUUGAAAAUCAUUGUUCAAAUUCCCCCCUACCCGGGCCAAAAUGCCGUUCAAAUGCCCCACACUAGGGUCCAUUCAGGUGAUCAAAUGCCCCCACCCCGGGGACAUUUCACAGGCACAAAAAUGACAGAAGGACGGCUGAAACACCUUCAGUGGUCGAACAAAAUAUUUAUAAAUAUAACAAAAACUGAGAAACACUGUUAGCGUAUUUACUAAGAGCAAAAGUCUCGUGCAAAGCGGCGGAAAUCGCUGCUACAAGGUCACUGAAUGCUCAGCUUUUUUUCGUCAUGCAACAUACAAAGCGUUCUAUAAAAAAGAUCCCAUCUAUUGAGAUUACUACAUCAUGACCAUUUCGCUGACAUGCAUCAUCGUUCACCUUAUUAAUUAACAUACUUGCAGUAGGUCAAAGUAGUUGACCUGAGCUUUUUUAUCUUAUUUUAUUUUAUGUUGUUGUAUUGAAUGGCCGAUAUAGGUAUUGUCUUUCAUUGUAAACACAACGAUAAAAUACAUUCAUACAUUCGAAGCCUGAAUCCAAUAUUAAAAUUUAAAUACUUCAAAUACGGCACAAAGCUUGUUUAAGCCCUUUCCUCGCAACCAAUUGGCCACAAAGGCACAAUCUUUUCCACGAAAAUCCUCCAACACCGCGUCCCCCAUGAUAGCUCGCCACGCCAAAGAUUUUACAUGAAAUCGAAGGUGCAGUUCAAAUUCCCGACCUCUAAAGCAUUGGUAUCAAAUUCCCCACCCCCUGGAAGACUCUGAUAAUCAAAUUCCCUCCUCCCCGGGACGACAAAGGUGUCAAAUGCCCGGGGUAUGCCCGGGGGGGGGGGGGCAUGUUGAAGCUUCGAUUUGACCGAUACAUAAACAAAAUGUAUUGAGGUUAGUUGUAAGGUUUUUUCUCCGUUUUUCUCUCAAAACAAAACAAGGUAUACAAUAAAAACAGAGGGGAAACUAAUUUUGAAGUUUUGAAGAAACAGAAAGACGUAUGAGAUGUUUUUUCAAAAUUAGAAAGAAGGAUGAUGGUGAUUGAAAUUAGCAUAAUUUCACCUUGCACGAGCUGCACGCAGUUAUAAAAUACACGUCAUCUAGUUAUGAAACACGAUCUGAAACAUCUGCUGUCUUUUAGUUUUGCCAUGGAUGACAUGGAUGAGAUUUUCCGUCGUGUUUUAGACAGUACUUAGUUGUUUUUGUUUUGGAAUAACAUCGACAUUGGCGAGUAGUAGAACGAAAAUAGAAUUCAUUGGUAGAGUCACGGAAGUAAUAAAGAAACACUUUGAAAGAGAUGUUUGUCUACUCCCUAAAACUCCCGCAAAAAAAUAGCAACAUUUGCCUCUCGGAAACAGCGUACCAGCACAAGGGAACGAGGAAGAAAUGCAAAAAAAACAAAUCAACCCGCCAUAAUUCAGUGACAGCGGCAGUGUCUAAUGGACAAACCACAUCGCAAGCCCUGACCGAAGUCGAAAACAGGCGACAUUCCGCCCUGUUCUCCGGCGUUGCCUUAGCCGCUUAGCAUUACACGAUUUUAAUUUUGUUUGAACAAACUAUAAAUAUUACCGAGAGCUUCGCUUUUAGCCCUGGCUAAAUCUAUAUAUUAAUGAAGUUAUGUUAUGAAAUUUAUGUCACGCAGAUGAUAAUGAGGAUGAACAAACCGCUGACCGUGAUGGAUCGGGCCUCCAUUUUAAACUGAUCGGGACAGCUAUUGGUUGGUUUCCUUGUUCUUUUUUGUUUGUUUGUUUGUUUGUUUGUUUACCUGUCUGUCCGUUUGUUUUAGUCCUGUUUUAGUCCUUUUUUCAUUAAUUUCAGCAUUAUUGGUCCGAAUGCAGUACCAAUUUCAGCAUUGUUGGCCCAAAUACAGUAUCAAAACUACCGUUAUAAAAUAAUUCUAUUUCCGCCUCAUUGGUUUGCUGAAAACAAAGGCGGGGGUAUCCUUUUAUUUAUUUAUUUAUUAUUAUUAUUAUUAUUAUUAUCAUUAUUAUUAUUAUUAUUAUCAUAACUAUAACAAAAUUCCCAAAUCUGAUUGGUUAUCAACUGCCCUGAUUCCAGCCUUAAUUGGACAGCUUAACAGGACAGUACGCGUCAUGCCUAAGUAGUUGGACAGUACGCGCCAUCACGCGCGCGCUUAAAUGGCUUUUUUUUUCCCCUGCUAGCAAAACAAAAUUUCGAAUUUCUUGUGUUUUGAUUUAAAAAAUAGCCUAUUAUAUCACAAAUUUCAUUAAAGUUAUGAUUAAUUGGUAACAGAUCUUCGUGUCGUGCAAUUCGGUCUGUAAUCAUACUCGUGAUUAAACAAAUCGGACUCCCGCUACGCGGUCGUCCGAUUUUGUUAAUCACUCGUAUGAUUACAGACCGAAUUGGACUCCACUCAGUCCUGUUACCAUUACUUAUUAUUAUUAUUAUUAUUAUUAUUAUUAUUAUUAUUAUUAGCAACUGAUACCGGUAAAAGUUCGAGGUUGUCCGCUAUAGUGAGCCAGUGAUUCCAUUUGCUUUUAUUGAAAUGGAUGGAUGAACAUUGAUUGCUUUUUUUCAUAUUCAAAUCAUUUCCAGUGACAUACAAAUCAGGUCAAAGAGAAAGUAAAAUCAACUAUUACAGCUGAUUCUUAAGUCGCGGCACAAGCCGAUUAAUAAAAUGGAUUUACAAAGAGAAUUACGAAUAUCUAUUGCUCUUAAUUACUGAAAAGAAAACAACAACUUAAUAACAGCCUGCAAACCACUAAGCUAAAACUUACCUCAUGGGCCCCUUUCAAACGUUAGAUUUCUGACAUGAGUGCCGAACACCUAUUUCAGUCGAUGAAAGUAAUUAAAUUCGGCAGUUGAUUAACACGUCGGAUAUGAUGGUGCCGAAUUUAACUCCGUUUCUUGAACAGGGGUCUUUUUUGCAUGAGAAUGAUAUGCGCGACCGCUGAACAAGUGAUGUGCAUGCAUAGAGGCUCUGACAUGGUCUGCCUUCAUCAAAAUGGCGUGUCUCAAAGCUAUCAUCGCGAUUAUUUUGCUUGUUGGUCUUGGAGAACGUGCUCGUGAUUUAACAAAAUGUGUAGUUUGCAAAAAAAAAAAACUCUAACAUUGUCUCAAAAGCGAAGUAGACCGGUUUUAACAUACCAGGAGCUACUAUCAAAUUUCAUCUCCCGACCUGACCUGGUCAACAUCGCGCGUUAAUGUAGUGCUUGUAGGAUUGCACUGACCUCAUCAAAGUCUAACUAACAAAGUGCCGAAACGAUUGUUGAUGUAAGAAACAGUUUCAAUUUUCUUUGUUUUGAAAAGGGAAAGGAACACACAAAAAAAAACAUAGCAAAUUUGAGCGUGUGGGUUCGAAGGUGCGCAAAAGCAGGUGUUCAGUUCAGCAGGGAAUUAAUAUAUCAUCUACAAUUUUCCCAGCACAUUAAAGCAACAAAAUUGAGAGCAAACGAGACGUAGAUUAGUCACCUGGUGAAAUGUCGGCGGUAGUCACUCUGUAUGUCUCGAAAACAAUUAAAAAAAUGAGUAUCAAUGAGACACAGACAAAACUGCAUUCAAUAAGACCGAAAUUAAAGUCCAAUCUUGUGACCGAUUUUGAUGAAACAAACGGUUAGGUUUCCCAAGAAGUACAGUAAACAUGUGAUGCCGACCAAAAGUUAAAAAUUAUUAGAGCACUCAAGUUAUGGCUGAAAGAAAAUUCCUGUAAAAGAUACGUUACAAUGUUAGUCCACCCAAAAACAAGAAGUUCUACAAUUUUCCGAUUUUGAAUCGGUUAAAUGUUAAGGCAUGGCCUGAGCCUAAUUUGCAUAAAAUCUUAUAAUGAUCAUAACCUUGCGAGAAUUUACCAGAACCCAUCAAAAUUUAUCAACCUCUAAGAUAUUGGUAAACUUAAUUUUCCUGUUACUCAAGAAACCAUAUUUUUGAGUCACGUGACCAGUUAAGGUCAACUCCAGGAAAGACGAGAAAACUAAAAAUGGGGUGGCGAGAUGCCAUACAGUAGAUAUUAAAUACAUUGUUUUUGUUAUUCUGUAAUGGUUCCUCGCUUCAAUCUGGCCGGAAUGGUUGUCUCCCAUUUUUAUUUAAUUAACAAUUAAGCAAAACAGGUCACGUGAUACUUUUUAUCUGUUAAUAUCUUUUGAAGAAAAUAAAAAUUCUUUCCGUUCCGUUCCAUUCUUACCCCAUUUAGCAUUUUCUUUUGAAUAGCAUUAUGACGUCACGUUUCACGUGACCACAUCAGUUCAACCGUAAUCGAUUCAAUGCCUCAAAAGAAAAUUUCCGAAAGUUUUUAGCAAGUUUUAGAAUUAAAACGCAUGGCCGCCAAAGAAAAAAACAGUUUUAUCUUCGCGGGGGGUCGAGACCAAAAAUUGCGCCAUACCUUAAUAUGCUUGAGUAAGGGAACGACUUUCCAUUCCAACUGAUAACGGCGUGGUAGUCGCCCGCUGAUCAUUAUUAAUCCACUCCCGAAAUACGGCUAAAUCAGCUACUCACAAAUUAUUGACAGAAAUUCUCCACUGCAUCGAGAAACUAAUUUAGAUUCGAUUUACAGACAAACACUAAAUAAAGAACAUUUUGUUCAAUAGCUUCCCACAAUAAUGCAUUCUAUGCCAAACAUUGUGGUUCUUGAAGGGGAAUCAAGACACGAGUCGAGCGCAAAACAACAACAAGCAGCCAAGUUCGUGUCAGACAUCGAUCCUUGAGAAACUUGCUCUUUCAACUCGUUCAGCGCAUCAGUCUCCGCUUUAAAUCACCAUUUCUUUACUUAUUUUGUACAACGAAGGUCUUUCCUUAGUUCCUGCUACCAUUUGAAUCUCAUGCAGGCUUUCAAAGUGAAGAAUUUGGUUCCUAUGAAUAUGCACCACGGUCGCUGUCACUGGUCGCGUGCUCUUUAUCAAGCCUUAGUGCGUAUGCUCUUGCAAAAAAAGACACCUGUUCGUUUGUUGUAAAUAUUCCCAGUUUCUAUAUAUUUUUUUAUCCAAUAUGGAUGAGGGUUUCUAUAACAAAUGCGUUAUUUUCGGCACAUGUAAAAUGCGCUUUCUACUUCAAAUGUUGAACCUAAGUCGAAUUUUCAACUGCUUCGGUCGCAGAUUCGACAAAGUCGUAUUUAAAUUGAAACUGUCGAAUUUAGUUGAUUCAGACGUCCCAUCUCAAAGCAGUCACCGCUGGAAUUAAAUUAUGCACAUGUGAAAAUCGACAAUUGAGCUGGGUCAUGAUAACAGUGCCGCAUUUUUUAUAUUCCUGUAAACUUUGCUUUCAGUUUACCACAUUAUAUUGUAUGCACCACACAGGUAAAAAGGAGAGUGAAAAAGAGAUUUUAAAGAAAGAAAAAUAAAAAGGUUACGAAAAAUUUGCUUUAAGGGGAUUGUAACUUGGACCCUCACAAUCAGUUAGAACUGAAAGUUAACGCCUCAAUCCACUGGACCACCUCACGGUAAACGCUAACAAUUCGAGUUUAAAAGAGGUAUAUAUUGCUUCUCCGUGGUGUUUGACAGUUUUCAAAGAUGAAUUUUUCGCUUUUUUUUUUAAUUUCCGUGUAUAAUUAAAUCUUCAAGUGAUCGAAGCUAGACGUAAAGCUCACAAUAUAAAACCAUUAAUACUCUUUCAGGCUUGGUCCAUGCCGGGGAACGUUUAAGAAAUUUAUGAACUAUCGAUCGUGGGGCUACCGACCGAACCGUAUGACCGUACGAUUCUCUCCCUGCUCGUAAGGUGUCUUUUCAUCGGUCGGGAAAACAUUAACACAACAUUGUUCAUCAUUAUAUCCAUUGUUUUAGGUUAGGGUAGCAAACCAUUUGGUUUCUAGGGUUAGAAGAGUUACUAUAUGACCUAUCUCCCCAGAAUGAAGAAAAACAAUAUGGCCGCCAAAUACAUCCUUUUAGUUUUUAAAGUUCUCCUUUAUUAACAAACGUUGAACAUUUAUUUCGGCAAACGAACAGUUAAGUCGAAAAAAGGAUUUUACAAAAGUCUCAAGAGUAGGUCUCCUUGUCGAUUUCAACUUUCAAUAUCAGCCAAAUUUACGCAACUUUUAAACUUCUGGCUCAGUUUUCGUUUGCUUCUGCUUUACAAAUGGAAUGAUAAUUGCUCAGAGACAAUACGGUGUAAAGAAUUGUUGAGAAAAACAGCAAAAACCUGCCAAUUUAUGACAGAAAAGGUACUUCAAAAACGAACUAAAGCAUUCAAAACGCUUUGAUCACAUGACUGAUGACGUCAUGUCCCUCUUUUGGUGAUGAGAAAAAUUAUCUGGUAGAACAUUACUUUCCAGCACAUUUUCUCUGCCGUCUGAUAAAAGGUUGACUCUCUACAGCCCUCGGCCUAGUCUCCCUACUUUUCCGCUCAUGUUCAUUACCCCCUUAAAUUCUUAAUGCCGGAUGUCAACUGGUUAUUUUUAAAUGCCCCACACAACUAAAACCUCAGAUAUACUACCUGUUUUUAACUCUUUCAUGAAAUCUUUUCACAGCAACAAAAAUAGUCUAAUUCGGAAAUAGUCAAGCGACUGAUGACGUCAUUACCUUAGAUGUGACAUGGAAGAUGUUUUAUGGCAACUGUUAUCUUGUUGUGGUCCGACAGUCUUCUACGCACAAAAUUGUCAAAGUUAUAAGGCUUUUUGAGAAAUUGCCUCAAACUGGAUGUUAUUAUGGAUUGUUAUUGUUAUUAUUUUAUUUAUUAUUUAUUUAUAAGGGACAGAAUUGAUUUUACAAAGACUGCCGUAUAUCUUCGAUUCUUUCCAUCAAUUACUGACCUUAUUAACACUUCGCUUUCAAGUAGCAUUUUUCACAUAGAGUGGAAAAUAGCAGAGGUUGUUCCAAUUCCCAAGACCAAGACCGACGACCAUGAAUUAGCAAACAAUAAUCGUUCAAUAUCACUACUACCUACCCUGUCGAAAGUGUGUGAACGAGUAGUACAUAAACAAGUAGACCUAUAUUUGAUUUCCAAGGAUCGACUUGCAACUGCGCAAAGUGGUAAAGAGAAACAUCAUUCUACUGAAAAAUCAAUCAUCCAUUCUUAUGACUGUAUCAUAAAAGUCAUGGAUAAAAAGAAAUUACUGCCUUCGUCUUUUUAGACAUGAGCAAAGCUUUCGACAGUCUCAACCAUGAACCUCAAAUACAGAAACUACGACAGGCGUUAAGGGACUGAGUGUGUUUGUGUGUGAGGGGAGAGGGGGGGGGGUAGGGGUGGCUGGAGUGUAAGAAAGAGAGGAAGGGAAACGCCUGCCACAAAAGCCCGCGUCUUCUGCAUUUCGCCCCUUAUUUCAAUUAUCCCAGCUGUCACUUCACUGUUAAUUAGGCGCGCUCUUUUCUGCAUAACUGACUUCACCCGGGAAUGUAUCGCCAACGGCGGUUUCGUAGCUGUAGAACAUGAGAAAAUCUUCGUAACAGAAUGUCGGCGCCGCGACUCCCAGAAAAAAUUGUAAAAGGGGACGGAAACACAAUAUAAACGUUCCAAAAACAGCAGUUUUAGAUUCUGUGGCGUUAACGUCACUUGAGGGGGAGGACGAGCCUCAUUUGAAAAUUUAUUUUCGCCGACGGCAAGAGUUGAAAGUGCAGGGCUGAUUUAAGCUCGUUGUUUUGGCUCUAUUUGGUCGCGAUUAACCAGAAAUGAAAACUUAUUAGAACGGGUCUACAGACCUUCUGGUCGCAAAAUAAGAAACGUAACUGAACUGUACAGUUUGAUCGAGAAAGCUGUAAGAAACGCUAAUGUCGAGGAAGAUUUCCAUUGAGAGUCUGUGGAAGAUUGAAGCAAAGACAGCUUCCCAUCACUAUCAUGCCAGAGGGAAGACCUUGUUUGCAGAAAGCUCGACAGUGAGUGACUCGUCGGACGCACAAUUUGGAAUUGCUGGUAUUCAAGCAUUUUAUACACAGAGGCCUGUGCAAGUAACACUUACACUCGCUGGACAAGAUCCCGAUAUUUUGUUGAAUUAUUGUAAUAUAGAAGAUAUUUCGGGAAAGCCAAGCACUCAGCUUAAGGUACCGGUCUUGAUUUUGAAUCCCACGGAAGAAGUCAUCGUUCAGAAAAUAGGCUGGAUUUAGCAACAGAACGGGAACGUCAGUUCACGACUGCGCCCGCAAAUGAAACAACUGGCUUGACCAAUGGCAGAGUGGCAAAUUGAGCACCGGAAGUCGAGUUUAGUCCUUUCUGCGCGCUUUCCCGUCGUCAAAUGACGUUCCCGUUCUUCUGAUUGCAACACGACGCAGGCUAACUGAAAUUGCAAGUUGUGUUUGCUGAACAAGCUUGUUCUAUUGCCUGAUUAUCCAAUCAGAAUUUGCCGAUGCCAGCGAAAAAUUCAACUUCUGAUUAAAUCUGUUCUUAUGGUUUAGAAUAAACUAUUCUCGAAACUGAGAAAGUUUUGAUCAAAGCUGUGUAAAUCGAACUGAACCUGUGCAUGGAACCUUGCAUCUCCUGUAUAUAUCUCACCUAUUGUGUGGAAUAUGUAUGAAAAUCUUCAUUAUGAAUCGGUACAUAUCAAAGAGCUACACAACGAGCAAGAAUACUAUUGACCGACAAUAUACGGAGCGGGGGUAGUUGUAGUGUCAACUAUUACUAGGUUUAGCUCUUGCGGGGAAAUUUCUUGAAAAGGAGUUGUGAAUUCUUUUUGUAUUUAAAAUCAUUCUGUAAAAAAGAUUAUUAAAUUUAGUUUUAAGCUUAUUUAUAAACAAGACUUAAGCUUAAUUUGCAUUUGAAAAUAAAGAACUUUUUCUCCGGUUUCAUCGAUAAAUUCAAGUAACAAAGACAAAGCUUUACCUAUUAAAACUUCCAAACCGAACUUUGUCAUCUUCUUCGUGUUUUUCGGGAACAGCUUGCUUGAUUAUUUGUGAAAUUUCUUUGUUUGUUACGGCAGCAAACCUGGAAAGUAUUUUGCUCGCAACUUAGCGAGUUUAGUUUCGCUCGCUCGGAGGAAAUGGAGGUGAAUCAGUGAAAAGUGCAGGAUAUUCACUGAUUGAGUAGCCAAUCAGAGCGCGCGAAAAAUACUAUCCACUGUUUUAGUAUAUACUAAAUAGGUUUAUCCAGCCAGGCGAUUUUAUGGUUCCAGAGCUAUCUUUCAUCUAGAUAUCAAACAGUACGUAUCAACUAAAGUUUGUUUGACUUUCUACCUGUCACGAUUGGAGUACCACAAGGAUCCAUCUUGGCACCUCUACUUUUCAGUUUAUAUGUUGUAGUUAGGGGGACGUUCAGCUUUUGGCUACUCCGAGUUGUUCAUUCGCUAACUUGCUCACGGGUAAUAAAUUGGGAUGUAAGAUAUUCAGGGGCGUGACCGGUCAUGCAUUUGAGGGCCAUAAUAGCUUGGCGAUAGUAUAGUUGGUCCUUUACAAGCGACCAAGACAGGCUUUUUAAGAUGGGUGUUACAUGAUCAUACUUUUUCGCACCGCUGACGAUUCGGCAAGCAAAGUUUUGAACGGCCUGCAAUUUUCUAACAUUCUUACUUGUGAUAUUUGCCCAACCAUUCGAACAGUAGUACAUUUUGCUGAAGACUAAGGCAUGUAUUACGGAUAACAACGUAUUUUUGUCUAAACAAUGUUUGACCCGGUUAAUUUGCGCUAGGCGUGCGAUACAUUCCGACACUGAGGUCGUUAUAUGGUUAUCAAAUGUUAAGUUCGGAUUCAAAAUUAAGCCAAGAUCUCUCGCUGAUUGCACUGGGGAAAUGUCCUUUCCCAACAAAGACAAAUGAAAUUCAUGGAGCUUAGAGGUCAUCUGUCAGCUCCCGAAAACAAUUAAUUUUGUCUUGUCUGGAUUCAGUAAUAGCCGAUUUUCGACGUACCAGUUGCGCACCUGCAGCAGAUCUUCAUUCAUUUCUUGGACAAUCCGUUGGGAGUCGAGUUGGAAUUUGGAAUAAUUUAGACAACAAUGUUAAGUUAAGCAUUGAUGUUAAUAGUUUUAGGUAUAAGCUUACAGGGACACUUUUAGACAAAUUUAGGAGGGAAUAAUUAUAAUUAAUAAUGAAUAAUUUCAGAAUAACUGUUAAGGGGAUUGGAUUUAAGAGGAAGGAUUGGGAGGGAAUGAUAUUUUAAAUAAUUUGCAAUUUUUAAAUAACAUGUAUUGUCAAUCUUUUUGCGUUAUUAUAUGCUUGAAUUCGUUUUUGUAAUUGACGCUGAAAAGCCCGCUAAGGGGAAGUGUUCAAUAAAGCAUUUAUGUAUGUAUGUAUUAUUUUUUGCAACUGAGCAACAUACUUUUCUUUCUGUUUUAAAUUGCCAUUAGAUGUGGCGAUUUCCGGAAACCUCCUACCAGAGGGAUGUGAAGUGCAGACUGAAAGUUUUUGUGAAAUAGAUCGUGUUGUUGCUGAUAUUUUUAGCGACCAAAAGUCUUCUGAAAGCAAAAGAAUGCGAAAAGAACUUCAAAAGGUAGGCGAUAGUUUUUUAUUCAUUUCUCUGUACACACCCAGCUGAUCUAUAAACGGAGGCUAUAAGUGUUGAAACCUUUUAAAACGUAUACGGGAACAAGAGUUUUACUUUGCGCACAUUAUUUAACGACGCUCAACGAAAGUGAGAACAGACAAAUCAUUUUGAAAACGAAAGAGUGGCCUUUUUCUCGAAAUUUUCGCUAAAAAACUUUAAUUGCCGUGCAUACUACGUCGAAUUAAACUGGUCUGGCUAAAUCGUAGCAAAUGCAACUGCAGUAAGUUGAUGCGUUACUAACGGCCGGGAGAGCCAUUUAGAGAACUAUGGGUAAUCCAAGCCAUUCUCCAUUUGCACAUCUUCCAUAAUACACCUUGUUUGCCACCCAAAUUUUUCAUAACCUCUGUUUUUAAUUUCUCCUGGGUAUUAUACUUACAGCCAUUCCAAGUGAAACUUUAAUGUUAAUUUGAUUAACUGUCAAAAUCAUCACCUCACAUUCCAAUAUUCCUGGAUGGAAUGUACUGUAAUAUGUUUUUCUUUGAGUUGCACGUCCUUCACGAAUUACUUCUCAGACUGCUACGUUAAGUAAUAAUAUUUUUGUAAAUAACAUUUUUUGUGUGAUCUAGAAGCGGUUUAUACAUUUCAGAUCAUCUGCCCGUCUUUCAAUUUAUUUAGAUAGCACAUCUUCAGGGGCGUACCUGAGUGUAAGGUAGUUAAGCACGCGCUUAAAAGAUUUUGGGGUGAUUUUUUCUUUCGAACGGCCAAAUUAAAAAAAAAAUUCAAAAUCUUUUUUGUGUGUUUUCAUAUUCCAAAUGUUUGCCGAGAGUAUCAACGAUGGCAUGCAGCUCCUCAAGACAGAGCUCUGCUGCGCUCCUACACUCUAGUUUUAUAUUCAAUGUACAGUAUGGACAGAUGUCGCAAGAUUUUGCACGGGCAGACAGGCGACGCGGAGUAAAUAUCUUUGUGUCAAUGUAAACUAUUUGAGCAAAGGCUCUCUGGGCUCGCGCUUCUAUAUGCGUACAGGGACACGAGCAUCGACACAGACAGGGUGGUCCAGGAGUUCUGCGCCAGGAAACCCCCGCAAAUUGGCAUUUUCGGCCUUACAUUUUAUGCCACUCUGAAACAGCUUUGUCUUUGCGUUAUUUAUAUUAAAUAGAAGAAGGGAGAUACAACAUUUACGUAAACUGAUUGUAACUCAGAGGUCCGACUAAAGUUACUUUAGGGCCUGUAAAACCUGGGCCCUUUACCGGUGUAAAUUGGUAAGUGUUUAUCAGCAACAUCCUGGUGGCGGGCGUAAAGCUUGAAUUUGCCCAGGAACGCCCCUAAUCGGUAAAUUGAUGUCGACAAGAUCCCUUUUUUAUUACAUAUAAGAAUCUCGAAUAAUAUUCCUAACGUUGUUGAAAAACUAAAAGAUAUUGAUUGGUCUUCGAUUAAAGCUUUUGACGAGCCAAAUAUUGCGUGCAAACCCUUUCACGAAUUGAAAUGCAUACAAAGAUUUAUAAUGAUUGCUUUCCUCUCAAGAACGCGAGUCGAAAGUAGAGGCGCUUUUAAAACCUGUGAUUAACGAAAGCUACUUUUUAAUUUCAUCAAAGAGUAGUAGUCAUAACUACUAAGAAUAAACUCUAUAAAAUAUCUUCAAGUUCCAACAACGGAUAACGCUUUACUCUGCAAAACAUACAAGAGCAAAUUUACCCAUACAUUUCGUUUGGCUUGGCGUCGGUAUUAUGGAAAGAAAUUGGACGAUGCUAAAUCAAAUACCCGCUUGACCUAGAAAAUGUUAAACGAAGUCUUUAAAUAGAAAAAAGUCAAGGCCGCACUUCAAUGCAAUAUUUAGAUCAGAUAGUAAAGAGACUAAUCCAGUGGAAUAGGUUUAACAGUUACUUCGCUAGUAUAUUGGUCUACCCUCCUAGCAGAGUCGCUCCGAUCUUUCCUAGAUAAGAAAGCGUAAGCGACUCUGUUCAAACUCCUUUGAUUUGCCGAUGAUCCCACGAUUUGGAUGAGUGAAAUAAGUUUCAUACUGGAUAAACCAGUUUUAUCUCUGCACGCACGCGUGUUCUGGAGUUUUGCUAACUUUUUGUUCGCUCACGCUCCAUAACAAAACAUAUGGCUGCCGCUUCAAUUACACGCAGUAAUUUUGAGGAAAUUAUCGAUUCAAAGUUCAGUAAACUGCGGCAGAGCGCUAUAGUCCUCUUUUUAGAAAAAUUGUUAAAUUAGUAAGGGAUUCUUUUUUCCCUGGCUAGACGGCUUUUGACACUUUAAUAAAGUUUCUAUCUAUCUAUCUAAACACGUUGAUUUGAGAUGAAUUUGUUUUGGGGGGAUUUUAGCAUGUGCUUCACCGAUUUUACUUGCAUGAACGGAUGUGUUACGCGAAGUUCUGGGAAGGAUAAGCUGGUGUGUUUUUGAAUAAAAUAUUUAAGAGAUAUUUUCUAUGCAUAUGCUUUUGUGUUUGCUCAUUCAUAGCAUUAAUUGAAAAAAAUAUCAUGAGGCUAUAGAAUCCACGUUGCAUCAGUUUAAAUGAUCGAUACUUUUAAUAUUUGACGCGUAUCUGUCACUUCUGGUUCAUUUCUCGUGCACUAUUUGAAAUUUAUCUGUAACUAUAUUUUAAUGGGCGACUAGAUUUAUAACAAAAAAUCAAAAUUAAAGUUUUUUACAACUUAUUUGUAACCCCAGUUUUUGAAUGAAAACUUCGAGAAGUCGCACGCUCCUUAGUUUGAAAGCGAGAUUGAGAGGCUUUGUUUCAUUUGAAUUUGGGCAUUCUCAAUAUGAAUUGUCAUUGCUAUUUAAGAACAAGUUAUUAGAUUUAUACAUGAUUCUCAUCACGGGUUACUCACUUGUCGUUCCUGCACUACUCAACUACUCUUAGUACAUCAUGAUUGGUUCAAAGUCUUGGACAAGAGAGGUCAAGUUGAUGUAGUGUUUAUAGACUUUUCAAAGACUUUUGACCUUGUCUGUCAUAAUAUUCUAUUUACCAAACUUUUCAAAUAUGGUGUCCAUAGAGACUUGCUAAAUUGGUGUAGAGAUUAUUUAACAGAAUGUCAACAGCGUGUUGUAGUGAAAGGAGAGGCUUCCGACUGGUUAACCGUAACCUCUGGUGUCCCACAAGGUUCUUUGUUGGGAACAUUAUUCUUCAUAGUCUACAUCAACGAUUUACCGGGGGUAAUUAGUAAGGACAGUUCAAUUGCUUUGUAUGCUGAUGACAGUAAAAUGUAUAGGGUUAUUAGUACUCAAGAAGAUCUGUCUACUUUUCAAAGUGACAUAGAUAAAAUUUCAGAUUGGUGUAAGAUGAAUAAGAUGAGAAUUAAUAUCAAGAAAUGUAAGAUCAUGAGAAUAACCAGGAAAAAGUCACCCUUAGUUGGGGAUUAUAAUAUUGAAGGUCAACCUUUGGAAAGUGUUGAUGUGUAUAAAGAAUAUGGAUUAAUUACUGCUAGUAAUCUUUCAUGGAACAAACACGUAGAUAAAAUAACUGCUAAGGCUAAUAGGGUUUUAGGGUUGGUUAAGAGGACUUGUAGGGACUUAAAGGACAUUGAUACCAUGAACACACUUUAUUGUAGUCUUGUGAGACCUUUAUUACAAUAUUCAUGCGAAACUUGGAACCCUCAUACUACACCUAACAUUGAUAAAUUGGGGGCUGUUCAGCUAAGAGCUACCAGAUGGAUCACUAAGUGUGAUGAUGAUUAUGAUAUUAGACUAUCUAAGCUAAAAACGUUGUCAUUAUCUAAUAGGAGGUUCACUAGAGAUGUUACAUUUUUUAAUGUAAUUAAUGGACAUUAUGAUAUUGACAUUUCAAAUAAGCUCAUAUUUUGUAAGGACAGAAAUACAGGUUAUAACUUGAGGAAAAAUGACACACAGGAUCUUGCUCCAAAUUUUGUAGAACUGGUGGUUUUAAAUAUAGUUUUUUUAACCGCGUUGUAAAUGAAUGGAAUGGUUUACCCAAUCAUAUUGGAGAGUCAAACAGUAUUGCAACUUUUAAUUUUUUUUUUAAAUCUUUAUUAAGGAUAACUAGAACAAUUAUAUUUCUAUUUCUAUAUUUUCGUAUACUUUAAAUAGUGGGGGCAUCCCUAGUAUGGCGCAAUGGCGCUUUUGGUUGUCUCCUUCUCCACAACAUUUUUUUUUUAAUAGUAGUGUUAGCUUAUUUGCUUGUAAUGUAGUGGAGUGAAUCCGUAAUAAAUAAAUAAAUAAAUUGUCGAGAAUGUUGGCAGAGGUCCCUUCCUCUUCCCAACUUAUCUAGGAAGAUCGAAGGAGACCCUACUCGCAGGGUAGCAGGAUCCGAACCUUAGGGAAAAAAUACAGCCUCCUCCGUCUUCGCAUAAAGAUUUUCCAUCUGGAUUCUUUCCAGAAUCAAUUCUUUCCGUAGCCCAACAACAGAAAAUUACCAUUGCUAGGUAUUUUGCUUCCGGGAAAGCCGCUGGGUACGAUAAUAUCCUAUCCUAAUAUAGGCCUGUCUCGGUUUUAGCAAACUUUUCCAAAUAUUGAGAGAAUCAUCUACAAUCGCUUGCAUGAUUAUUUAACUAAUUUACACAUUCUCUGUGAUAUCCGUUCGGCUUUAGGUAAAAACACUCUACGACGCUUGCGUAGAUUGAUUUCCACGAAAAGAUUUUCUUCUGCCAUUGAUCGCGGUGAAUUAGUGGUUGCUUUUAUCUCUUGAAAGCUUUUGAGACAGUAAAUCAUUCCAUCUUAUUUGAUAAACUUGAACACUGUGGAAUACGUUGAUUGGUUCUGAAAUGGAUAAAGAGCUAUUUCUCCAACAGAGUUCAAUUUUUAACAUACAAUGCCGAUGUUCUUCUCGUGCCAACGUUGUGUGUUGCGUUCCCAAUGUUCGAUACUAGGACCUUUAUUUUUUUCCGCUCUGCAUCAACGAUAUAAUCAGCGCAUCUACAAUUCUACAGCCGAUCUUAUUUGUCGAUGAUACAAACGUUUUUCUGUUUAGUAAGGAUAAAGACUGCUUGUCUAACAUACUGAACACUGAGUUAAACAAGUUUGCAAUUUGGUUUAGAGUUAACAGGCUUUUUCUUUUUAUUGUAUUUAAACUAUGCCAAAAGCGUACAAAUCGUACAAUAUUUUGCGUACGAACGUGGCACGGUUCGACAGAGGAACUUCUUGGAUAAGUUAAUUUCCUUAAGAAAACUGUUAAGCAUAUGGUCUCAAAGGGACAUUUCUGUUUACUGCAAAAUAUAUCUAGUGAAAUCCUUCGCGCUCUCCAAACUGGUAUUUAUCUGCAGUGUAAUGGAAACUCCAAAACUUUUUGUUGAUGAAGUAAACAAAAUAGUAUUAGAUUUUAUUUGGGGCCACAAACCACCCAAGAUAAAAUACACUAUGCUCAUCAAAACAAGGCAAGAGGGAGGCUUAGAGAUGAAAGACUUUGCUUUAUUUAACAAAGCUUUAAAGUUCAAUUGGGUUAAGCGACUUUGCACAAACCCCGGACGCUCCGUGGCAGUACAUCCCGAAGUUCCUCCUAGCGAAUGUUGGGGGCCCAGAGAUUUUCAAAUGUAACUAUGACAUCGGUCACCUUACUCUAAGCAAAUGCCGUCCAGCUUUGUAUCACGAAAUAAUCGCAUUUUGGCAAGACGUAAUAGCUUCUAACCCAAAAAGCAAAAAUGAUGUUCUUGAACAGAUAGUUUGGAAUAACAAGUUUAUUACGUCUGAUAAGAAAUCUGUGUACUUGCAGCAUUGGCGUUACGCAGGAAUUCUCAAAAUCAACAACCUCUUUGUUACAAAGUAAAACUGCUAUCCGUCCUUCGACACUUUUCGUACUAAAUUUAACGUAAGGUGUAAUUUCUUACAGUACUUUAGCCUUGUUAACGCCAUCCCUCAAAGUUUGAAAAAAGUCUUUAAUUGCUCCCUCGAGCAAAGCUCAACACCGCAAAUAUUAAUAGAGGAAAUGUCUCACAAAACAUUUAUACUAAGCUGCUGUCUCUUUUAAGACCACAGAUCCCAAGGGGGAUUAGACAACAGCCAAUCACAUAGCGCGAAUGUGUUUCGCGUGGAUGACCCACGCUCAGAGCCACGCGUCCUUCACGAAUUGAGGCAGAAAAAAAAUGGCGGAAGACGCGGAGAGCAAUAUUGCUUUUCGUUUUGUCGACGAAAACGACUAAAGAGAGAUUUCUGCCAAAGCUGUGUCAGCGAAACGGAAAUUAAAAAAGAAUCGCCCUUUCUCUCUUGUAUAGAGCUAACAGUACUGCAGGGAAAUCCUUAACACAGUGAAUAUUCUCUCAGGAUCAUUUAUAAUUUACAGUUUGAAGAGACCAAUUUCUGGUUUGAUAUUUAUUCUUUUAAUAUUCUUUUAUUAUUCAACAAAAAUAUCACUUGGCGUUCUAUAAUAAUAAUAAUUUAAUAACUUCUGAAGCGCUAUUUACAUUCACUGAUCAACAGCGCUUAACAGCUUAAAAAAACUACAAUAAAAUUCAAAUUUGUAAAACUAAUUACAUGUACAUGAAUAUUACUUGCUACUUGCUUUAUCGUACAAACGACCGGUUUCAAUAAACCGGCGAAACUUCUCAUUUUAUUAAAGCACUGAGGUUACGAUAACUUCGAGUUAAACUGAUUUCACGGGUUGUCAAAGAGUCGAGCGAUUCCCUUUCCCCAGGUGAGCGCCGACUCAUUUCGCUUCAAUAUUCAGGAAUGCUCUCGAUCUCUUUACGCUUUCAUUGCUUUUCGCCCGACAUGUUUUGCAUGGCGUUUAGUCAUGGAAACCUCCACGAAACAUCCACGUAGCGCGCGAGCUAACUUUACCCCGAUUCUAAAAAUAACUCGAGACGAAUUACCUAUGGAAUAGGGUGUGUAUGGGGGAUGCCUUUUCUGUCCCCUUUAUCCUCUCUUGGUUUGGCAUUAUUAAUAAACGAUUCUAAAUUCUGUUUAGUCCUCAAUCAUUUAGUUAUUAUAGGAAAGUAUUCUCUUUACGUAAAAGGUCUUAACGGUACAUAUUACAUCUUUAAUGAAUUUGUUUCCCUAGCUCGUGAUAAAAUUAGUCUAGAAAAGUAUAUUUCUUGUACGACUGGUCGCGAAAAAGAUUUCAGAUCAAAAUGGUCUGUUUUUUCGUCUCUUUUAAAUACGGUAUGAAAUUCUGUUUACUUAACUGAUUGCGCUCCCAUUUAAUUUUAGUUACCACUAAUGUUUUUAUUGUGUUAGGUUUCUUUUUUGUCAGCUUCAAGUUGUAGUUUUCGUUUUGUUGCAGAUUGUCUUUUGUGAAUGUUAACUGUACAUGUGUAUGUUCAAUAAAGUUGUACUGGAAAAGAAAAAAAAAAGAAAAAAGCUUUCUCAAAAAAAAACAUCGUACAAAUCAUAACAUUCAACUUUUAAUAGAUGGCCAAAAAAUAGAUCAGGUAAUAGAAAUAGUUUUCUUUGGCGUUAAUCUUGGAUGAAAAUUUAAAUUGGAAGUCUGAAAUCUCACAAGUCGCCAACGAAGUUUCUAAAUCCGUCAGUCCAGUUUCUAUUUGACUAAAAGUUUACUAACACUACAUUUUUACAUAGUCUAUCCAUUCUUUUUUGUCGCAACAUAGCUUGGGCCUCAACUUAUAAUACUAACCUUAUUCGUCUUGAGAUUACAAAGGGGUGAGUGAUCAGAUCAGAACUAUAGCUAAAACUCCUUUCGAUCCACAUUUCACAUACUGACCCAAUCUUCAAAAAUCUUUGUAUUUUAAAAUUUCAUGAUAUAUACUUAAUAAAAAUUGCUUGUUUAUGUUCUCCUAUCAAAACCAUAAUCUAGCUUGAUAAUUUCAUUGUAAAUUUAUCUUGCAAAGGUAAAUCCAAGAAACCCCUACAAAUUUCGUUUGCCGUUCUGUCGUACUCAAAUCAAACAAUUUCCUGUCUUUUAUCAAGGACCUUAUUAUAACUUGUACUCCUUAAAAACUGACACUCUUAUUCCGCUGUCUCAUUAAAAAAGCACUUAAACAUUUAUUUGUAAUAAUUACAUGUAUUAGUGUAUUCUAACAAAAAUCUGGACAAACUGUUUAAUAUUCAACAUUUCAGUGUCUUUUUCCUUAAUAUACAGCCGUAUUGUUACUUUAAUUUCUUUAGAUAACAAUUGUGUUCUAAUUAACAUAACCUUCAUAGUUUCCUUUAGGCCUCCUCGCCAUUACUUUGUACAUUUUUGUAUCUUUCUUUGUAAUUGUAAUCACGUAAUUUAUCUGUGUGGCAAAAUAAAUUACGGAAACCAGAGACUUUGUUAUCAAUGCGCUAAGGAAUGGAACAUUUUAGACGCAUCUUUUAAAGAAAUUAACUCAUGUAUAUUUUAGAUAUUUUAUAGCUUUUAAUAUUUUAAUCUAUCUGAAAUUUUAACAUUUUUAACCUGUAGCAUGUAUAAUUUAGGUUUUUAGUUCUUAACUUUUUACUCAUUAUUACUAUUACGCUAUCUAUCUAUCUAUCUAUGCUCAUAUUAUUAUAAAAUACAAAUACAAACACAAAAUUGAAGACAAUGCUUAUGCAAAAGUCUUGGUGGCAAACAAGGUGUAGUACUUCUUCCUCAGUUGUUUUGAGACCCUGAGUAUUGACACGGGACACGGGACACGGGAAUCGAACAAGUGGUCUAAUAACCCCUCUGCACUCUAGUCUUCGUUUAAGUGAUUAGCUCUGACAAAGUUUUGCCUUUACAGUCAGGUAAUAAAUUGAUUUCUUAUCUCGAUGACCAGAUUUUGGUAUUUUACUCUAGCCUCCCAAUGAAGCCUGCGAAAAAGAUGUUGGGGUUAAGGGAGGGGGAAAACCCUAUUUCUCCUCCUCAACCUCGCUUCCAGAGGGCAUGGUGGCGGGAUGUCAUAGACGCAGCAGACAUGAGUUUUUGAAACUAAUGACGGCUCCAUAAUGAUGACUAUUUUCAUGAUGAUGAUGAUAACGACAAUGAUGACGACGACGACAAUAACAUGCACAGUUUUCUUUUAUAGCAUCUUCCUAAGGGUGCAGCGUUUGUUAACACCUCAAGAGGCUCCAUUAUCUUAACGUUCCGUCUGUCAAGUGAACAAGCAGCAAAUGAACUAUGGGACAUGUACACUGAGGGAGAAUUCCAGUCCAUGCUGCAAACAGUGUUCGUAAAGGACGCGCUGAAGGAUUUACAAAAGGAGGGUUUGGAAAAGACUCCGAAACUGGAACUUAACCUUUGUACAAACAAGUUCAAAAAAAUAAGAGACAAGCUUAAAGGUAAUUGAAUAAUUGGGUAAUAAAUUGUACAGUUGUGAAUUGUACCAGGUACCAAGAUAUGAUAAUCAUAGUUUUCAGGCAAUUCAUUUUGACACGAUGCCGAAAUAUUCAUUUUAAAUGUGUCAAAACUGGAGGAUCAGACAGAAAACCACUCAUGGUUAAUUUUUUUUUAGAUAUGCAUGCCUUUUCAAGUGCUCAGGAAAAUCUGAGGUGUAAAUAGAAAACUGAUGUUAUGUUUGUACAACCAAUUUUUGAGUGACUAGGGGUUUUUUACUGUACCGUCAAAGUGAAAUAGUGGUAUGCAAGUUCGCGAGCAUUUGAUAAAACUUAAAUUAGGCAGUGAAUUCAGUUUUAUUUAGUUUGGCAGUUGGAAAGGCGACUUUUCAGAUGCUUACAUGUUAGCCGUAGUAUACAGUACAAAGACUUAGCUAAAUUUAUAUUUACAUUUUAAUAGGGAUCUUAACCUUUCUCUGUUCAGCUUACCAUAAGCCUACUUUACCUCUGAACCCCUAUACCGCGUUUUCAAAGUCUUUUUCAGUCAAUGUAUUUCCGCGCACCUCUUGACACAGGACGCAUAGGCCGCGCGAGAUAACGAGGCCAAGGGACUAGGCAAAAGCCUACCAUCUUUAAGCUUUGUUCACUGCAAUCAAAUGGUCAUUUGCUCCUUAUCCCCACCGGUCCUCACUAAUCGGCGUCAGUUUGUUACAAACAAGUUGAGUGAUUAACGCUUUCCUUUAUAAUUUUCUCUAACUGACAGAGAUUGAGUCUGAACAAGAAAGUGAUCGUUUGCUCUCUAUUCCAAGAAAAUCAGGUACAUUUGUCUCUGAAGUCACAAAAUGUCCAGAGAGUUAGUAACUUCUUUCCCUCUUUUUAUUUCUCUCCUUGUUGUAAUUCAAGAUAAUGCUAGACAUCGGCUCGAAGGUUAAAACAGUCCUUUUUUACUUCAGAAAAUGGAAGAGUUGAAGACAGCGAACAAGAAAUGGAAUUCAUUAUUCCUGAAGGUAGUUUUUUUUUAUUUAGUUUAAUUGCUUAAAAACACAAUGUAGUUGUUAAUGUUUUACUUAUUUACCGUAGCCAAAGAUAUAUGUACGAAUGCCUAAAUAAAAAACUGAAGAUACUUGACUUUACAUAUCUUCUCAAGACCUAUCAGAUUCGAAAGGUUGAAAAUAAAAUAGGUCACUUAUAAACCAUCGUCACAUACUCCCUCUACUAGUCUGCGAAUACAGCAGACUUCCAUCGCCUCAUAAGAGGCGGCUGUAUUUACCGGCUUAAAACCUAUUUUCGUUUUCUUUGGUUAGCUUUGGUUAUACAGACUAAUAUGCCAAUCAUGCUUUACUGACUUAAGCGUAAUUUAUUUUUACAAGGCGCUUAAAAGUCAAUUCCCCUUAAUCUACAGUUUUCUUGGGAGACAAAGCAAACGCGCUUGGCCCAGGAGAGCUUAAGCUCAGAGAGUAUCAAAAGGAAUUAGCAGAACCAGCGAUCCAAGGCAAAAAUACCAUCAUAUGUGCACCCACGAACAGUGGAAAAACGUACGUCGCCAUAGAAAUAGCAAAGAGGCAUCUCGAAAGGUUAAACAGCGAUGACGAGAAGUCAGGUACGCGAGAAGAAAUCACUUAUAAUCGCUACCAGUAAUUAGUUACGAGAUAAGUGCAUUAUACAUCGCGGAACGAUAUAAAAUUGACGCACAUAUAGGUUAAUUCAGAGCGAAGUAUUACAUUUUGUGCUUAACUAUGGAUAUUUAACAAGCUUCCUUAUUCUUCGAAUGAACUGUAAACGAGUAAACGGAAAAGAUUCGAACAAACAGUUAAAGGACUUGAGUUUUUAAGUGGUUUAACGAAGAAUCAGGAAGUCGUCUUUACUUUUGCGUUUGGUAUAUCUACAAAGAGGUAACCUUUCAGCUUAAAUGAAAGGGUAAAUUGUCCUCGUAUUUUUUUCCUUCAUUUUUUAAUGACUUUUGCCUUUUUUUGUCUAGAAUUGUAACUUGUUAAUAUCCAAGAAAUUUUACUAUAACGGUUUCAUCUCGUUUUCUACAUGAACUAGCAAAAAUUCUAGAAGUCAUGAUGCUCUAAUUUUUCAUAGAGUAUUUAACAAUUCAACGAGAGAAAACAAACUUAGUCGCUGCCAUCAUGAAGGUAGUUUGGAUUAUUUGAAACAGAUUAUAUAGUAGACCUUUGCGUAAUUUACUUUUGAAAGUUCUUUAGAAUGAAUGUUCAUCUGGCAAGCUAUGUCAAACAAUGUUCUUAGUGUUUUCUUCUGAUAUCCACUUACCUUGGAGUUGAUUUAAAGAAACUGGUCUGUGCCACACGUUUUACCCCUCUUAAGGGUGUCUGGAUAUCCGCGAAGUGGACAUUGACCUAAAGUGGGGAGGCCGAGAAAACUCUGCUCUUAGUAAAUCUUUAGUUUUUUGGAAAUAGCCCCCUCCCACUUUACCAACACCCCCUUUGGUCUCACGUUCCCUGCAUGUUUGAACACAGCUGUAAUUUGAAUUGCAUUUUCCAUAGCCUCCAGUACCAGCAACAGAAAGAAAGGUCGCGUGGUGUUCAUUGUUAGCACAGUGAAUCUUGUCCUACAACAAAAGGAGCGAUUUGAUUAUUUCUUUGGCGGCAAGUAUUCUGUCGGAGAAAUCUCUGGAGCUAAUUCAACAGAUAUUCCGCUCAAGUACCUGCUGCAAGACCACAAUGUUGUGGUGAUGACAGCCCAGAUACUUGUCAACGCCCUAAACAAUGAGAACAAAGAUCAACGAGUGGAGUUGAAAGACAUCAGUCUAUUGUUAUUCGAUGAAUGUCACCACGCCAACAAAGAGCAUCCUUAUAACAAUAUUAUGGGAACGUACCUGGCGUUAAAGUCUCAGCCUGGAUGCCAACACAGCUUACCACAGGUACCACACAACUCUCUUUUAAUGUCUUUCCCUGUGUGUUUCCUAAAAUCGUAUUGUUAUUAAACUAUGCUCAUACUAUACGUGGAACGCACAAAGAGAAUCAAGUAAACGAAAGAACCAGGUAAUGCUAGAAAACGAUCAGUGUUGUGAACAGAAGUCUUGGAGUGAGAAAUUCAGUUCCAUCGACAGGGUUAAUGAUAAGCGAAAGAAACUCCAAUAGUAAGGUAUCUGACGAAGUUACGUAAUACAUAAAUAAUCUUUAACAAUAAAAAUGAUGUGAUGAUGACGUCAUUAAUUAAUAACGAAAUAAACUCUUCAACUUAAUGAGUAGAAUAUAGGAUUCCAAUGGACAAAAAUUUGAGGUAGAGGGUAUUUGUUACAAAUUUGUGAGUAUUAUUAGUCCUGGAUUAAGAACAGUGAAAUGCACCCUAAAUAAAAAUAGAAAGAUUUCAAAAGAGUCACAACCCGCAACUGUUUUGCGGUAGAGAACACCUAAGCUACAUGCAAACAGAUGCAACAAAACUCCCAUUAACAGAAAGGCUUUCCACCAGCUCUGAAGAAGACGUCUGGUGUAGAAAAUUACAAUUGUUGCUCUGAGUUUUGGAUUUUUCUACACUAAAUAAACUCCUAACAUUGUUGUGGCAACAAUGUUAGGAGUUCUUGUGUCGGGGUUGGCAAUGGUGUGCAAACGGAUACAAUAACUCCGAACCAUGUUGGCUCAUCACGCGUGUUGGUCUAUCACGCGAAGUUAGUGCGUUGCUGUCUUCAAGGAGAUCAUGUGUAAUGCGCGCUUGUGGCCCCAAGAGUGUUUAAAGGGCAUGUGCAAACGGAUCCAACACAUUGUUGCGCUACGCUUUGGAGAUGGCGGAACAAGAGAAAUGUGGGGGCUUGUUGGCUCAAAAGUUUGGCCGGUUUCAAACUUUGCGCAACAAUUCCCAACAACACGUAACAACUUUUUGUGCAAAAGGAGGCAACAUUCAACAUCCACCAAUUUUGGGAUUUGUUGGCCAACAAUGUUGCGUCCGUUUGCACGAGGCUUAUAUUCGUAGAUGCACGUUUCUGGCAGACCAACGAGACAAUCAAUUCAAUUUCAGUUGGUUUGUAAAAAAACGAUGUCAAAGUUACCAUAGAUUUUCCCCCUCUUGUUGUUCAUGGCUCGAAGAUAUUAGCACUUAAGUGCUACACUGUAAAUUCGAGGGUAAAUAAAGUUUAUUGAUUGAUUGAUUGUAGAUUGUGGGCCUGACAGCGUCUCUUGGAGCGGGUAGAGCACCGAGUAGGGACAAAGCAGAAGAACAUAUCAUUCUUGUAUCUGCAAAUUUAGAUACUGAAGCCAUUUCUACAGUGAGGGAAAAUCGGGCCGAGCUUCAAAAUUAUGCAAACAUUCCUGACCAAGAAACGUUUGUCGCGGAAAAGAGUGACCAGGAUCCAUUCGAAACGAUCAUCUCGAAGGUAAUCAAAGACGGGAUAGUAUACUGGAAUAUUUUUUCUUCAUGAUCCGGUUUGCCUUUCUGAUCGUCGUUCAGUUUAACACAAGAUACCUAUGCUCGCACAAGCUUCCCAUAAGCAUGGUUCACUUGACUAUCAACUCUGAAGGCGAAACAUCAGGUGACCCUAAUUUCUGCGCAAUUAAUUCGAGCUAUCAAGAGUUAGUUAUUAUUAUAGUUAAAUAAUAAUAAUUAAUGAACUUAUUGUGCGCAGCCAGGAGCCCAUCAAAUGGAGCUUCCAUCUCCCAUACAAGCCCUUGGAGUAAAACCCUUUCCUGAGUAGAUUUAUAAUUAGAACGGUUCCCAGGGGAGACUUCGCGCGCCGACGGUGGGAAGAGCCAAUCACAACGACGUAAUGGCACUGCUAUUGUACUUCAUCAAACAGCAGGAAAUUCGGUGCUGACAGGCCAAACACAAUCAUAAGCAAGUGAAACGUGACUUUAGCGUUUUCAUCCCUCAGAAAUUUUCUUUCUUUCCUUUCUAGCGGGUAGAUUAAACUGUGGAGAGUUUUAAACUCUGACUAUGUUAAUCUUAAUUUCGGUUCCUUGUCUCACAUUAAGAGGCCAUGAAGCUGGUCUGUUACAUACGUAAUGACUAACUACUACCUGCAGUCUGUAGUUCUGACAGGAUUUAUUUUCUUUAGCCAAUUUUUUUGAGCGUUAAGGUUCUUAUUUCGGCUAAAUGACUCAAUAUUAAUCAAAUUUCUAGUUUUUCAAGUUUUUUUUUUCCGAAAUGCGUUUAUCUGAAUAAAUACUUGUAGUCCUUGUGGUUGUUUUCCCCGUCAGCUAGUGUGAUGAUUCCCUGCUAUGUUUUGUAACGCCGUGCCCAGCCAUUGUUUUCUCGCAAAAAAGUGAUCUACAGAUGCGAAUUCGAAGGAAAGAACUGGCCUAAACUUCUACAUUAAUUGCUGAGAAUUGUGCUGUUAGUCAGUCAUAAUUCCAGUUUGGCGCAGAUACAAUUUAUUUUGAUUUUCUUGAGAUAAGAGGGUCUUUGGACUGGAGCGCGAUGUCACAAAUUCAUCUGUUAGCAAAUUACUUUUGAGUUGGCUUCACGGUCGAGCAACUGUUGUCUUCUGUUCAACUUUUCAAGUGCCAGUUUUAUCAUGCAGCUCUCACGGUGAUACAAGUCAGUUGUAAAGGAGGACUGCAAUGUCUCAAAUUUCGGAACUGACGCAUUCCUCCUUAGUUGUUACUUAGGUCAUCGCUUUUGCACGCGGUGCUUAACUGGCGAAAUCCACUCCACGGUGAUGACAAAAAUCAAAUGAUUCACUUUUAUUUCAUGAUACCCAGAUCCCAGCGGCUGUAAAAUUAUAAAAAUGGACGUAUAGUAAAAAAGGAAAACGGUCGAAGGACGGGCUUCUGAGUUCGACUUCAUCCAACUUCAUUUUUUUCACGGUGACAUACGAGACUCACGGAAAUAUGACACUUUUCGCGGGAAACAAGCCGUUCUGUUUAUAAAUCUAUUCGGGAAAGGGUUGACUCAAGAAAUUAAUGGAGAUGGAGGCUCCAUUUGAUGGGCUCCUGGCGCAGCUUAACAUGAGAAUGAUCAGCUGCGCAUUACAACUACACUACUUUAAAAGAAACAAAUAAAAGAUAAUGCAUUAAAAAAUAAAAAAUAAAAAAGAAUAUAUAUGCAUGCAAGUAAGAACUGAAUAUAAAAUUGCUCACCAAUAUAAAGUUUUAAAAAGAUAAGUCUUAAUAUGAGCCUUAAAACUGUUCACAUUAGUAAUCGCACGAAGUUCUUUUGGAAGAGAGUUCCAGAGCCUUGGCGCUGUUACCAUAAAAGCUCUAUCACCUAACGUCUUCGAUCGAGCAGCUGGCAUAGAAACGGUAAAAUAUAUACUAUCUGAAGAUCUAAGGUUAUAUAAGGACGAUUUAAAUGUUAGUAAAUCGCAUAGAUAUUUAGGAGAAAGGCCGUGAAUUGCUUUGAACGUAAUAAGCAGUAUCUUAAAUUCUACCCGGGCUUUAACAGGAAGCCAAUGCAGACCACGAAGAAGGGAUGAGAUGUGGCAAAACCUAGGGGCAUUACAAACUAGCCUGCCUGAGGCAUUCAAAACUCUCUGCAAUUUGUUAAGGUGGUAGUUGGGCAACCCAUACAAAAGACUGUUACAAUAAUCAACACGAGAUGUAAUAAAUGCAUGGACAAGCAAUUAAUCAAAGCAAGCAGAAAAUUAAUUUCACCUGGAAUUUGAACUAGCUAUACCAUUAUCAACAGGCCUGUUGCAGGCUUUCAGAUAGUUGGCACGAAAUGUAGAGCGAAUGGAAAACGGAAGAAAGGAAGAACGAGAGAUGAGAAAACAUCUUUGAAAUUUAAUUUCAAAGGCUCAUUCCGCUCACUUUGUUGGCUUUUAUUUCGACCUUAGGUUUCGGCUGCUUUUUUGGUCUUUAAAGUUGUCAAUCCUUCGCCCCUUAUCCUACCCCAACCCCUUGUUUGUUUCUCGCCGUCACCACUUUAUUUAAAACCCCGGAACGGACUAAUUAUUUACUUCUUAGACCCAAACUUUUUCUGUUCGCCAUUGUACUCUCCUUAAACCAGAACAAACAAAGGCUCGUCAGUAGUUUAAGCUUAUUUGUAUUUGUAUUCUUUUAAAGGUGAUGGAAAAAAUAGAAAACCGUCUUAAGACGAUGAAUGGCAAGUCCUUCAAGGCAGGGCCCCCAGACAAAGGAGGUCAACAGUAUCGUCAGUGGGUAGAAGAAUUCUACAAAGAUGCUGUGGCUGUUGGUGACAGGUACCUGGUGACCUACACAGAACACCUUCGUGAAUAUCAUAUCUCGCUUACGUUGAAUUCAAACACAAGGAUGAAAAAUGCCAGAAAAUAUCUCCAGAAAUACUUCGACUCGUUGGAUAGAGAAAAGUUCACGAAAACUGAUGAAUAUCUGGAAACGCUCUUCCACAAAGCAAUGGAAAUGUUAGAUAAAUUCAUUGAAAACAAUGGCGAGCCCGAAAAUCCGCAGCUAAUGAAACUUAAAGAGUUGCUGUUGGAAAAGUACAAAGAGCCUCAGAAAGGCGACAACGGCCAGCAGACCAAGGCGAACGAAAACAAAAAAGAAGAUGGGACAAGUAGAAACUCAGCAAAUGAGAAUUGCCUGGAAAGAGAAAGCAACAAGAUGGAUGCGAUAAAUGGAGACGUGGAAUUGUCCAAACUAGCUGAUGAAAACGCCACAGAAACAGCUUACAGGCAAGGUGAAAAGAAAGGUAAAUGGCAUGGCCAUGAGGAAAACGCCGUGAACGGUGAUGAAAUGAGAGAAUGCAGCGGUAAAGAAAAAGACGAAAUUACGGAGAGGUCCUCACCAGACAAAGUUUACCAAGACGACAAAGUUGGGGAAAGUGUCAGUGAGAUUCUUUGCGUUCACGAACAGGAUUCUGCUGGGAGUUCUUCGUCCUGCGACAAAACGGUACAUUCACAUGAGGAAAGUGAUAGUGAAGCAAUGGGCGAUCUUGACGAUGAUAUGGCCGAGAGCUCCAUGUCAGACACGGCGAAUGAAGAGGAUAAGGCUAAAAAGACGAAAGCUCGCCAUCACCCAGAGUGGGAAGGUCCAAAAGGAAUUUUGUUCACUAGAACUCGUGAGUCAACAGAAGCACUGCUGGACUGGAUCAAAGAGACUGAAGAACUUAAGGCAGUGCUGAGACCAGUGCUACUAGUCGGCAGUGGAGAUGGGAAAAGUAAGUAAACGACAUCAAUUCGGUUAUUUUGAUCAUUAAUUGAGUCGGUUAAUUCUACUACUGGUGCUACGUCGGCUUUGAGCGAUUUUAAAAUUGAUAAUUUGUCCAGUUUUACCGACAAGGUUAUGAUUUGGCUCUCGUGAAGACGAGCUUAGCACAAAAUGUUUGAAGCGCUAGCAACUUAAGGGCGACGGUCAGAAAAUGUCGAGCACUGGAGGGAGGGGGGGUUACUCAACAAAUGUUCACAAAAGGGUGACAUAAUUGUAAAGGAUGAUUAUAAUGCACGAACGGGUAACAUUCAGGAAACAGUCUUGGAUGAUGACAACGCUUUCCUGAAUGUCCCUGAGGACUAUGAGAAUGACGAACAAUGCUUAAGACGGUCACAAGAUUCAGGCAGCGUGAACUCUAGGGGUUAAAAUUUGUUAGAAACAUGCACAGCGUUAAAUUUACGAAUUCUUAAUGGAGGGAUUGUUGGUGACCAGGAAGGUAAAAAGACCUGCUUUUAUUAUAACGGUAGCAGUGUUGUUGAUUACGUCAUAGGAUCAAAAAGUAUUCUAAGGAAUGUGCGAUAUCUUAUUGUUAACCCAUUAAUGCCACAUUUAUCGAAUCACUGUCACCUAUCAUUCGCGAUAAAAGCUAACUUUGUUAACCGAGAUUCUUUUGAAACAUCAGCCGACUUCACCUUGACUAAAAAUAAUAGGUUUUUCUCCUGGAAUAUGGUCUCAAAUCACAAAUAGUUCAAUCCGGGUUAGAAGCAGCUGUAAAACAUGAUAGCAUCGCGAUACUGCGUCUGAAUUACUAAGUGAAACUUUGUUGGAAGCAUGCAAAGAACCCGGAUUGAAGGCGAGAGACAGCAAAAUUAAAUGCAAAUCACAAAGCAAGAAGGAUCAGGAAUACGAAACAGGAAAAGAAAUGAAAUUGAGAUCCCUAGGGUUGAAAAUUUCUCAUAACAGUAAUAAUUCAGAACUGAGACAACUACUGCGAGAGAAGAAAAAGAAGAGGUUCAAACAAACUUGUAGACGGAAGAAACGGGCGUAUAUCAGCAGAGGAGUGUCCAAUAUCGAUAUGCAGAACUCCAAAGAGACCUGGCGACAAAUAGGAAAAAUCUUUAGCUUACGAAAAACAAAAACACAUGGAGCUGAAGUAGUGAGUACGGAACAGUUUUAUAAAUACUAAUUAAGCAGCAGAAUGCGACCCCUCUCGAUAAUAUGCUAGAUCCGAAGACGAAUAUGGAAACCUACAGUAACGAAAGGGUGGAAGGCCCACUUGAUUAUCCAAUAACUGAUGAAGAGUUCAAAGCUCCAAUUAACAAAUUGAAGGCAAACUGCUCUCCAGGUAUCGAUAAUAUAUUAAAUGAAGUCAAUAAAAAACGAAAAGGCCGCCUUUAAAGGGCAUUUAGUAAAAUAAUUUAAUCAAAUCUUAGAUACUGGCAAAUACACUGCUCUUUGGAGUCUUGGCCUCAUUGUACCUAUUCACAAGAGGGCCAAUCGAUCCAAAGUCGAAAAUUACCGAGAUCUCACUUUGCUCUCUGCGCUAGGCAAGCUCUUUACAUCAAUCCUCAACAAUCGACUUUUCGACCACAUGGUUCAAAAAGGAAAUUUGAAAGCUGAACAAGGUAGCUUCGGAAAAAUGCAAGGCACAGGUGUUAGCAUCUUCCCAUUAAAAGUGCUUAUUGACAAGCACGUAAAAACUUACUAAACCACAGAAGCACCGAAAUUUACUUUUUCAGGCUUCGUCGAUUUUAGAAAAGCCUUCGACUGUAUACCCCGACAGAAACUAUUCGACAAACUGAGAAAAGAAGGAGUCCAAGGACGUUUCUUAGACGUUUAAUAUCCAUGUACUCAAAUGAUAAAUCGGCAGUUAAUAUUGAUAACCAAUUAACCCAAUCCUUUACUUGACAUGCCAGGGGUAAAGCAAGGUUGCAUGUUAUCACCUACUUCCCCCCCAUCUAAGUAGUUAUCCACCAACAUUCCAACAUUAUGCUCAAGGAUAAAUCUAUAAAUUGUCUCUUAUGUGCAGAAGAUCUAGUGAUCUUCUCUAGAUCAGCAAAAAGCCUUUAAAUAAUCCUUAAUCAGCUGGAAUCGUUCUGUGAAACGCCGAUUUAAGUGUAAAUUUCGACAAGACAAAAAUUAUGAUUUUUAACAACUGUGUUAAGUCUUUAAACUACUAAACGUUCAGAUACGGCGUUGAUAAACUGGAAAACGUUAAAUCCGGCCUACCAAUAUAUUGGACUAAUAAUGAGUCCUUAUGGAAACUUUAAUGUCGCUAGGCAAGAGUUGAAGAAAAUUGCACUCAAAGCUCUCUAUAAAUUACGAAAAGAGAUGGGAAAAUCACAUAUUUAGACAUUUAUCUAAAACAUACCAAAGAACUUGCUUGGGUUGCUGAAGGCAGCCUCCAUACGAAAGCAUCGAAGUCCGGUAAAUAUAGUGAAGCGUAACCAAAAUAACUUAUUUAACAGCUCUAAGGUUACUUGUUUCGUGAUGUAAUAAGGCGAAAUAUGUUCCUGUUCCGUCAUCGUUCAAUUAGCGAAUUACCAUUGUCAAAGUCCCAAUUUUUCGAGAAAAAGUGAGUAUUAGAACAAUAGUGGGUUUGAUUUUUUAUUCUUCUUCAAAACACUGUCGACGUCGAAAUGUUACCCUUCCAAGAAUUGCGUUGCAUUACUAUCCUGAUCCCGUGACUGCCACUUUGGAAGCCACGUUUCUUCAAACGUUUGCCUGCGUGCAGACGUCUCCUAUUUCCUUUGUGCAACAAAGGAAUUAGGAGACGUCUGAACGCAGGCAAUUCAAAAACAACAAUUUACUUUAAAAGGUAUUUCCAUUUUCAUACAUGACAUUACCUAUUCUCUACAAAAGUAAAUAAUUAAUUAAUUGGUUAAGUCACUUUUGAAAUUACGUGAUAGUGUCUACAAUUCAUAAUCUCAAAAAUAACGAGUAGCGACUGAUUUACAAAUAAAUGGAUCAAUAUUGUUAAAUAGGAACAAAAGUUUUGAUUUUACAUCGAAAUCGUUAAAAAGUUAUAUUUUUUGGUGAUUUCAUCAAAAAAAUUUGUUGCGAAGCGUAUUAUACAGAGUGCAAAAAAAAAAAGAAGAUGACAUGACAUUCACUUUCAAGUUCAUUAGCUUGACAUAAGGAACAGAUUCUUACGUGUUUGAGAGUCUUGGGUACAGUAUAUCUCCCUGUUUCGAUGCGAAGUCGAUGAUUUUUUAUUGCAUCUAGAAAUUCGGUUCUGUUGGUAUCUGUUUUAAAACUUAAGUAUUGUAAAAAUUUAGUUUCCUGUUCGAGGCAAGAUUGAAGAGUUGGUGGUUGAUUAAAGCUUUGUACAGAUUUUGAGCGACACUGGAGAUGAGGGUUUUACCGUUGUUUUCAUUUAAAAUAUGGAGCGUGAACUAUAUUCAUCACAUACUGUUUUAAUCUUUUGUGAUAUGUCUGGUUGGUUUUUCUCGUCCAAAUCCUUGAAAGCUGUAAACAGUGUUUUGCGAUAUUAUCGUCUGGCAGGUUUUGUAAAUGGAUCCAAUAUUUUAAAAUAUUAAUAUCUAUGGAUAACCUCAAAGAUAACUUUCCGAGUUCAUUUCUGGCAGCAACGUUUGGGCAUUGUUGAUCAUUGUUUGUUUCCUCCUAAUGACCGUUUAUAAACUAAGGAAGAUAUGCGUUUUUUCAAUGAUAUCUUUUUCCCAGUUGGUGAAAUCAUCUUUGUCAUAAAUUCCCCAUACCUCUGAUCCCUAGAGGAGAAUGGGUAGAAAAAGUGAAUUGAAAAGUUUAUUUGUGAUAUCGAGUGGCAUUUUUGAGAAGUCUAUAGAUAACGACGAGUGGCAAAGAAGGAUCGCCUUUAAGUUACCUUAUGUUUUAAAUCUGAUUUACUAACUUUGAAAUUUACAUUGGACAAAAAAUUGAUUCGAAGAUAAGUGUAAUUGUUGACAAUUUCUAUGUUGUGCCUAUUGAUAUGAAAACAAUGUUUAUUGAGAGUCGACUUCCUAAAUGUCUUCUCGAAAAUGAUAAUUUUAGUUUUCUUUGGACUCACCGAUAAAAGCCAAUGUUCACAAUACUCUGAAAGGAUUGAGAGAGCAUUUUCUAGUUCUUCAGCCGACUGAGAGAUCAAGACUAAAUUAUCUGCAUAUAGUAGAAGACAGCUUAGAUUGGAUCCAUUUGAUAGAACUAUGGGAUCUGUGUCUCCUUGGUCAAGCAGAAAGGGGAUUUCAUUAACCAAAGGUAUAAAUUAAAUAGCAUGGGAGAAUGGAGACAGCCUAGCCUGACACCUUUGCAAUAAUCAAAGAAUUAUGUUCUUUGAUCAGAAACUUUUAUUGAGCAUUUAGUUUUAGAAUAAAGAUUUUUAAUCAAGUCAUAAAAUUUGCCCCCCAUAUUGUUUUGAAGGAGUUUGUAAAAGAGGCCAUCAUGCCAAUCUGAAUCAAAAGCUUUCUUGAAAUCAAUGAAGCAGGUGUAAAAGUUACCUUUCGGCACCUGUUUCACGUAUUUGUAGACAAGGGUUCGUCAACUGAAAUUGUGAUAAUAUGUACGAUGACCUGGUAAAAAGCCAAUUUGAACUUGAUGUAAAAUGUUUUCGUAAACAACAUGACUUUUUAGUCUUGUCUUAAGCAACUUUUUAUGCAUAUGGCCCUGCAGUUUGCUGGGUAUCGUUUGUUGCCAGAUUAAAAAACUGUGGUUAUUCCGUUACACCAAGAGCUAGGGAAGGAGCCACUUUGAAGUAUUAGGUUGAAUAACUUGAAAAGGACAACGUUCAAAAAUCUUACACCAGUUUUUAACAUUUCAUUGCGGAUUUUGUCAGGUCCAGGGGCCUUUUUAGGUUUCAGUGUUUUCGCUAUGUUUUCUAUUUCAGAAAUUGAAAUAGGAUUAUCUAGAACGUUGUGGAUGUCUUUUGUUUGUCCUAAAGUAGAAAGAUUUUCCUUGAAAGAGAUUUGGUCUGGCGGAAGGAAAGAGGAGUUUGAGUGUGAGUGUAAUUGUUUAAAAUGCUUUAAAAGAUUGUCAACUGGAAUAUCUUGAUUAUUUGGGGUAGGAGAGUUUGAUUUACUUUUAAAUAUUUUUUGAGAUAAGUCCAGAAUUUUUGGUUGUCUUAAUUUUGAGUAAGGUCGUCAAUUUGAGAGUUAAAGAGUUUCAAUUUUUUAUGCUUAAUCAUUUUCUUAAAAUUUUUCUUUGCUGAGUGGUAAUCAUGUCUGAGGUUUGAAUCAAUAAAUGGAUUUCUAUGCUUUUUAUGAGAAAGUAAAUUUAGCGGUUUUCUUAGAGAUGUACAGUCCGAAUCAAUCCACUUUUUACAAACUUUUGUUUUCUUUUCUUUCCUGGCUAGUCUAAGGGACUGGGUACAAAUAUAACUUAUUACAUCUGUGAAUUGUUCUGUUGCUAAAUUUACACCUUCACUAUCAGUAGGAAAGGUGGUUGUUUCAAACUGACAUAGACGUAAGAGGAAAUCAUCUUGUUUUAGAAGGCCUAUAAACUUUCCCUUUGAAACUUCAUCCCAGAUGAAUUGUUUUCGAACAUUAAAUGUUUCUACUUGAGGUUCGAAAAUUGGUAGGGCAGAUGCUGUCGUAUAUAAGCUAUAUAAGUAUGUGCCGUCCCAUCGGGUAGGGUUUUUGCGCUGUUUUGGUCUGAAAACGGGUCUACACUUUGCCAAUUUUGGUCUGGAGUCGGGUAUGGUUUUUGAGGGAACUACAGGAGUGUAUGAACGUAUUUAUUGUUUUAAUUCCAAAUGAGUAAGAAAGAAAGAGAAAUAUGCGAAUUCGAAAUGGAUUUGAAGAAUUUUUUUCUUUGCGCUCAAAUCUAAGUAAUGAUAACAUAAUUUCUGCCGAAAGGCUAGGCCUGAAAACGGUUAUCGAAAAUUACACUUUUUUGGUCUGAAAUAGGGUCCGGAUUUUGAGAACUGGGCGGCACACCGCCACCAAGAAUUGCCAGGAGUACCCUCCCGGGCCGUCGUUCUUAAGGUGAUGUUACACGGAACGAUUCGCAGUGGCCACGUUUAGCGCAAAACAGCGUUGCAAUGUUGGAACAACGUUGUUGUAAGAUCCAAGUGUAACAUUUUUUCUAUUUUUCGUUUUUGCGUAAUUUGUUUUUCCUUUGCGUACGCAAAUUAGUUUAUACUUCUUUUCGUCCUUUUGUUUAGUCUUUUUUUUGCGUUAAUUUAGGUGUUUAUUCCUUUUUGUCAGUUUUCGCGCCCUCGUUAGCGUUUCUUUGCUGUUUCAUCUUCAUUAGCGCCUUUCUAAGUUUCUAUAGUUUUGUUUUCCGCAUGUUCUAGCGUAUUUUUCAUAUAUCGUAAUUUUGCAGUACAGUUUGGGCAGUUCAUUUUUGGUUCGCGCUUAGCGCAGUUCUGUUUUAGUUUCUUGCUAGUCCGUAGCUUCGCGUUAUUCGCAGUCCGCUUCAGCAGUUUUCUCUGGCCGAAACAAUGUAAGUGUAUUUCACAGUCCUCGUUUUGCAGUUUUGUCAUUUCUUUACUCUUAUUUACUUUAGUCGCAACUUGUAACUUUUUUACUCUUUUACCGUUUUAGUUUCAACCCACGCCGUUUGUAUGUGCACUCAAUAAAUCUUCAUUCUUAUUUGGUUCGUGGCGUUGUCAUUAAGGCCAAGAGACUUUACGCUUUUGCAGUUUCAGUUGUGACUAUUCGAAACAAUGUUGCAACGCGGUGUUUCGCUAAAAAUUGUCCUUCCGAAUCGUCUCGUGUAACACUCUAUAAUUAGUACUUAAAGUCAUCACCUUAAAUGCAUCGCUUCCUCUUAGAUUUAAAAGUUCAGUUUAAGGAACAAGGUAGAAUGACUCGUUGUGUUAACUAUUUUAUUUCAGUCGGAAUGACCCAGAUUGAGCAGGAAAGGGUUAUUAAAAUGUUCAAAACAGGAGAAAAGAAUCUUUUACUGGCGACCAGCGUAGCAGAGGAAGGCUUAGACAUCAGCGACUGUAACUAUGUCAUUCGUUAUGACAUGAUGGGCAACGAGAUCUCGUUAGUUCAAUCACGUGGCCGUGUGAGGUAAGUGAAAACCUUUCAUGGAGUGAAGCUGCCAUCUUCACGAUGGCAUAUGUUGCAGCUAUUGAGUUGUUGUUGUUCUUUUUUGACUACCAGGGCAGAAUGUGGAAAGUACAGCGUGUUGGUAGGUCAUUCAGGAGCCCGGAAGAGACAAGGCAUAAGUGCAUUGAGGGAAAGGCUCAUGACUGUAGCUCUUAAUAAAGUUCAGGAAAUGGAUCCAGAAGAGUUUAAGAAAAAGGUGAGUCCAGUUGUCAUCAUGGUCGGCCUAAUAAUUUCAUGAUGAUGAUGACGAUGAUGAUGAUCAUCAUCAUCAUCAUCAUCAUCAUCAUUACUAUCAUCUUUAUUAUCAUCAUCAUCAUCUUAUACAUUCCCCAAAAGUAAUGAUAGCAAUAUUAAAACGCCCAAGUUUUUAUUAGCGUUUUUGUCGUUAGUAUUGUUGAACCAUUUUUACAUGAGGAAACUUUCAAAUUUUGAUUUAAAGUGACGCAACAUGGGCAAUUUGUUUUUUUGUUUUUUUUUUUUUUAACAAAGCGCGUUUUUGUUUUUCGUUCCUUUAAAUUGCUUUAGGAACAUGUCAAUCUAGGAAUGACAACAAAAAAACUUUAUUUUCAUAAUAAGAACAAAGGUCACCAAAUUGGGAACAAACCGUUCCGUUAGCGGUAAAUUGGAACACAAAGUUCCUUUCCUAUUUAGUCGAAAGGAACAACUGAUUCCUCUUUUAUCCGUUUUAGGAACUAAUAGUCUACUUUCAUAAAGUUCUGAUGUUUUUCCUGUUCCUUUGGAAGUGUUUGGAAAACAAAUGUUCCUAAUCUAAUUGCUAGCUUGACACAGUAGGAACGCCUUGUUCAUAUUUACUGGCAUAUCCAACGCUGUUCGGAACGCCUUGUUCCCAUUCAGUUUAGAUUGGUCCUAUCCAUGACACACAGGAACAAAAUUGUCCUUAAUUAAGUUGUUCCUUCCUUCUCAAGAUGGGUGUUAUGUUCCGAAUAUAAAUGGACGAAUUCCGAAUUUGUUGAUAGAGGAACAAGCGUUCCAGGAAAAGGGAGCAAUAGCACCUAUUUUCCGUGCACUACUGUUUCAUCAUCUCUUCGACAUAAAUUUAUCAAAACAUAUCUUUCAAAGAACAAUUUUGAUAUGAAAUUGGCCCGUUACAUGUUACAGGCUUGUGUAGUUUGUGUAGCAGUGCGUUUGUCUUUUGAGAAAGAUUUAAAGUGUAUGUUUAAGAUGAGUAAACAAGACUAAGAGGUCGAUUGGUCAAUGCAUCGCCUAAAUCAAAGAGACCACUUCGAAGAGGACGAUUGUGAUGGUCUUUUUCACUGCCCAGUGCAUACCUGUAAUCACGAUGGAUCACCACACAGAGUGGAUGCAGAAAACACGUAAAGAACAAACACCGUUGGUACUAGCCAAACAGUGCUCAAAUUGAAUCGCUUCAUGAUCAAUCCAACAAAACUGAAGCUAAUGUAGGACGAUUCCUCUUACAACGUAGCCCUUUUAUAUACCAGUAUACUUAAGGGAAUACAACAAGUAUGGACCAUGUGCCAUUGGCUUAGUUGACUGAAUGGCGAGCAUCAUCUGACUUAAUUAUUUAGUCCAAAGACGCCUUACAUGCUAAAACCGCGGUAUUCCUUUCACACCCAAAAAAACAUUAAUUAACGAACUACCUGUGAAAUUAAACUUUACGGUGCUCGUUAUAUUUAUUCUUGCUUUUGUGUGUAUCAAUAACAAGGAUCUUGAAAUCAGUAGCAAAUGUUAAAAAGUGUACAGCGAUUUAAGCGUGAACUGCACGGGUAUGGUCUGAAUACUAAUGUCUAGGAUCUUGACAUUGCUUUAGUGAUGUUAAAAUGUAAAGCAAGAUAAGCGUUAACUAUGGGUAUGGUCUGAAUACUAAUAAGAUGGAUCUUGCCAUUGCUUUUCGAUGUUAAAGUGUACAGUGAGAUAAGCGUAAACUACGGGUAUAGUCUAAUGGAUCUUAACAUUGCUCGUUGAUGUUAAAGUGUACAGGGAGAUACGCGUAAACUACGGGUAUGGUCUUAAUUUGAUUAACAAGAAACAAGACUAAUAUAAAAUGUUAAUAAAUAGUAGUAGUAGUAGUCGUAGUGGUUGGGCUACUUUUGUACCAAAAUCAUUAGAAAAAUGAAAGAAAUUGGUCGUGAUUGUAUUUGGAAUUAAUUUGUCUUGUUACACCAAAUAAAUAGCGUGUUUAACGUGAACAGCUUGUUUGCUUUUUCAUGGGCUUCUUUUGCUUUGAGGACCGAAAGUGGAAAGGGAACUAAAACUUUGGGGAAUGAUCAUUCUCAGCAUCAUUAUCAUCAUCAUAUGUAUCAUCACUGGCUUUAUCCUUGCGGGUAGAAGUGUUACUGGAAUCCCACUGCGUCAUGUUCUACCCGGUCUUUAUUCUGCCCAGCAAACGAGCUUUUUGAAUUCCGACAUAUUGUUUCAUUUAAAGCAGUUGUAUGCAACCUCGGCUUAUUCACGAUGCUGGCAUAUUCACAAGUUAAACUAGCUAAUUCUUAAAGAGAGUGUACAGAGUUCUAUUCAUGCCAAACCAUUGGCUGCCAUCGGGAAGCAUACAAAGUCUUUUCUUAGACUUAAUUGGUAUUUAAUUUUCAUUAGCGUCAGUAACAUUAUAUUCUUUCAGGUGAAAGAUGUACAAAAAAAGAUUUUGCAAGACCGCUGCCUUAAGAAGAACAUUUGUGCACUCAGAACAUCAGAGCCUUUACCUCAUGACGUCAGCUUUCGAUGCCGGAAGUGCCAAGUAUUUGUUUGCCAAGCACACGAUGUCCGCCGCAUCCAAGGCAGUCACCACGUGAUUAUCGACAUUAAUGUCCGGAAUGAAAAGGUACUUCAAUUGGAAAUGCAGUAAUGAGCUGAAAAUUGCAAGAAAAUGAUUUAUUCUUUGCCGGUCUUAAAAAGUCUCAAAAGGUAGCAUAAUACCCAAAAAAUUAACUGAUAAGACGAAAUUUUUCAAAAUACGCUGCGAGUUAGUCUCUCUGACGCUUAAGUUUCUUUUUCCAGGAUAUCAAUAUAGUGUACAUUCUUAGAAUUGAUAUUCGAUGUUCGCGAUAAUUCUUUACGGUCUCUAUUAAUUUUAUAUUAGUAGUAAGAAAGGUUUGUUGAGGAGAAUGGGCGAGAUCAAUCGAACGUCAAAACCAGGGCUCUCUUACGCUGUGCUUGGAUUAAGAUACCAUCUAGUCAUCUUAAGCGAGCGUUUAUACGCCCUGGAUAUGGGCGAUAUGAGGAUCGCAAGCUUCUCUGGUCCCACGUUCAUUUCAAGUUCUCGUGGUAAACAGAAGCAAAACAACAAUAGCAUGUUAUUGUAUUAGUUGUGUUUAUUUCAAUUAUUUUAUUAGUUGCUAUUCCUAAUUAGUCUUUCAUGCAGAGCGAAUUCUUGUCCUGGGUUCUGGCAACGUCUGAAUAUUACAUUUAAAUAUUUCUUCCAAAGACUAAAAGAGAAACAAAAAGCGUUAUUCAUUAAGAUUAUUUUAACUGGAAUAUACUUCCUAAAAAAGUCAACAAAAUGUAACGUUUGUAAUUAACCCGGUAAGUUUAACUAUAUAAUCCAUAGAGCAUGCAUAUUAUUUAACAAUUAGUCGCCGAAGGCGACUUUAACGGCGAAUUUUCACGUCGCCUGAGGCGACUAAUUGUUUCAGUAUAAUUCUAUUAAUGAUUAUUCCAGAAAAUGAAAAAAGAGACAUAUUCUCUGAAAGAUUUUGAGGCUUUAAGAAGUCGGUCGAGAGCGCCUCUGAUCAACAUCAAGCUCUGGUUUUCUUAUAGUAGCUGCCGUCAGUUUUCCUCACGGAAACAUAAAUUUUUGCCAGACAUUUUAUUUAAUUCAUCGACUUCCAUGUUUUCUAUUUCAUUUGUGAACUCUUGCCGCUGUUGAAACCAAUCUGUGGAACAAAAUAUUUCGCAAAAGUUACUAAAAGGUGCCGAUUCUUUGAAGAAGAAAAAAUGUAAACAAGCAUACCACUUUUCAGUAAAUUGUGUUACUUGCAAAAGAGAAAUUUUAUCAACCUACCUGUGAAUAGCUUGAUUCCAAAUUUUGUAGCAUCUUUUGUUUUUGAGUAACAGCAUUUUCAGUUCGCAUUGAUCAAUUUCCGACUCCGAGACAUCAACAAAUCUGGCUGCCACUUUGAAAACUGCUAGCCUUCAAUGUUAUAAUCACCGCGAGGUGAUUAUAGCGGGAUGAAGCGAAGCUCCUAAACAAUCAUUGCGCUCAAUUUUCGAUAAUCAUCAACGUAAUUAUACUAAGCUUUAUUAUUAAACAAGCGCAUUAACGUUAAACAGAACUGCGAAAUUAACAGCUUCUACUCCUUUUCUUCCAUUUAAAAGGUGGAUAUCAAACAUCUUAACAAGCCAAGGAAAAUUGAUGACAUAGAAAUGAACAAGAAGAUUUUCUGCAAAAAUUGUGGUGAGGACUGGGGAGUUACAGCUCUUAUCAGCGGGGUGGAGUGGCUGUGUAUCAAGAUUCGCAGUUUUGUUCUGGAGUUUCCAGGAGAGGAUCAACCACGAAAGAUGUUUAAAAAGUGGAAAGAUUUACCGUUUGGCAUCAAAGAAGCAAGCAUGGAAGAUAUUUUGAAACAUAGCUGUGACAAAGGACCAGGAAAUGACCUGCUAGAUUUCAACUUUGAUGUUUGAAUAGUUUGGAAUAUAAUGAUAAUGUUUUUAUUUUAUUUUAAAGUAAACAGAGAGAAAUUUCCAUUUGUUAAACUAAGAGUAGGUUUUCAGUUCUUUGUUUUUCUUUUAGUGUCCUGGCCAUAAAAGAAACAGUAGAUAGUUGAUAUGAAUCAGACAAAGUUUUUAAAAACUUUCUGGCAGUCUAUCAAUGGAGCAAAAG